CUUGAUGCGACAACGGGACAGGAAAUGGGGAGGAACGGCCGUCCUGAGUUGAUGCUGCUGCUCCUUUUUAACGCCGCGCUUCUGAUGGAAACCACACUCCUAAAAACCAUUUACUUGAUUUCUCAGGAGCUGACAUGGACCGAUGCAAGACAGUUCUGCCAGAAGAACCACAUAGACAUGAUUACUUGGGACAUAGUAGACCCGAACCAGCUGACUAAGUGGCUGCAGGAAGAUGAACUGACUGCAGUCUGGAUUGGUUUGCACGAGGAUCCUGAGCAACAGUCAGUCUGGAGGUGGAUCAAUGUGAAAACCGGUGAAGGUUUGACAGGAGAGGAUGUUUCAGAGAGCAGUUAUUGGUCCGAACAAUCAAAAAACAGCUACAGCUGUGGCUCUUAUAACAGUUCAAGAAAAAAGUGGUUCAGCAGUGUUUGCUCCGACACUCUUCCAUUUGUCUGCUAUGGCGACAAUCUGGUGCUGUCGACUGAGAACAAGACAUGGGAGGAAGCCCUGGAUCACUGCAGGAAAAUGUCAUCCGCCUCCUAUAAGUACGACCUCCUGAGCGUUACAAGACCUGACUUUAGCUACGUCAGAGACCGGAUCUACAGAGCCACCAGUGAAGAGGUUUGGACAGGAUUGCGGUUCCUGGGAGGGGAGUGGUGGUGGUCCGACGGAGAGACGUUGGACCAACAGGAGAUGCUGCCGGACUGUCCGAGCCAGUGGCAACACUGUGGCAUGCUGUCCAAGUACAACACAGCCAACUGGACCAGCAGCGACUGCUCAGAAAGAAGAAACUUCAUCUGCAAUUAUGUAAAACUACAGAAAUAAAUUACCAAAGAGCAAGACAAAAUCUAGCUCUUUGUCUCUCUAUGUACUUUAGGUCAGUUAGAGACACCAAAGUUAUUUCUAGUUGCUAGCUAAGUGCCAUAAUAAUGACAGACAAUAUGAACACUUGUUCUAGUUUGUUGGAUAUGACUAUACAUCUGCUAAAUAUAUUGAAUCUCAGUUAUUGCAAAGGAUUUCUUGUCCACAAUAUAGGGUAAGAAUAUUUGGGAAAUGGUAAUAAUCAUCAUAUUCUUCCUAUGAAUAUUUUUUGCUAGUUGAAUGGACUCUGUUGGUGUUAUUACUCCCAACAGAGCAACAGAGAGUCUGAAUCUCAAAUCAUUAAAUAUGGAGAAAUUGAAUCUAAAUGUACUGUAUGUUUUGGAUUUGAUUUGGACCACUCUGCUUCUUCUGCAUGGAUUUGUGACGUAGGAUUUAGGAGAAUCACCCUUUUAAAUUUGUAUUUUGCUUUGUUGUGUUUUAUCACGUAGAAUUAUUUUAUUUCAAAUUAAAUUAGUUCGUUUGUACUGACUGAAUUGAUUUGAGGCAUUUUACAUUUUGCUCCCGAGAAUAAAGUGAUUUGAAAUAA